AUGGCGGAAAAUGUUGAAGACGACGAGAGCGAAUUCGACAGCGUCACUUCAUCUCAGAAAUCUUUCCUUAAGAACUGCCCCUUCGCCGAUCCUGAGUCUCCUCCGACGGAAUCUUCCGGAGGAGUGGCGGAGACAGAUUGGGAAAGCACUGAGAUUCUCGGGAAUCCGAUUUCGCCGGCGGUUGUUCGAACUCCGGUUCUCUCGUUUCCUACUCCGACCAGCAUCGAUUCUAUCAACGAUGAAGACGUGUUCCGUACACCUCCUGAGAACGCAUCUCUCUCCUCUGCCGCCGAUUCGGAACCCAGAGUUAGGGUUUCGGAGAUGAAACCUGCAGGAGGUUCAAAAUCGAAAUCUCAGUCUUCUAAAUCCGAGACGACGACGCCUGUUUCUGCUUCACCGUCUCUUACGGCGGAAAAUGUCAGGGUGACUCUGUCUUCUCCGACGUCUGUCGCCGAAGACGAUGUUAGGGUUCCGCGAAAGCGUUCCAAUGUGGGUUCUCCUUCUCCGACUGCAAUCGGAAGAAUCAUGGUUUUGGAAAAUCGACCGAUUUCUGAUUCUGUGAGUAACACCGGAGUUCCCAAAUCUCCUUCUCCUACUAGGGCUCCGGGAAAGCAUUCCGAUCUCGAUUCUCCUUCUCCGGUUUCAAUGGCAAGGACCAUCGUUUUGGAAAAUCAAUCAAAUUCUGCUUCUGUGGCUACUACAGGACUCCCGAAAUCUCCUUCUCCGGGAAAGCAUCUGAAUCUCGAUUCUUCUUCUCCGUCGUCUGCAACUGAUGAAACUGAUAUUCCUUUCAAAGAAAUUUUCGAAGCCCUUCUCCGUAACAAUGGACAGAAUCUCAAUGAAAAAGAUGAAAAAGUUAGCUACUUUGACAUCCUCAAACAAUGUGGCCUCAAGUUUCCCUAA